AUGCGUCGCCAUGUCUUUUUCGACUCAACCGUACGCUGCAUGUACCGCGACUGCGCGGGCUGCUUCGACUCGGCCGACGCCUCCUUCAUCGAGCGCGUCGCCUCCGCCUGCCGCGACUACGGCAAGCCGGUGCCCACCCCGAGGUUGCGUGAGGCCCGCAUCCUCGCCGACAUGCUGGCCCGGAACGUCAAGAACGCUACCACUACUGGGCAGGCCCCGCCCCCGGGACCUACGGGGACGGCAGCGCUGGGCAGGCCGAUACCAGGCGCAGUCCCUGGUACGGGGGGAGCUUUACCACUGCCGCCAUACGGUGCCCCGGUCGUGACCAACGGACCUGUUGGGGGAACGCCGACUAAUGUGGGGGCGCCGGAGGGCCCGACGCAAACGCAGGAGGGUGCUGUGGGCUAUCGACCUGUCGGCAACCAGCCUGUCGGAAGCCAACCUGUGGGCAACCUACCUGUGGGCAAUCUACCUGUGGGAAACCAGCCUGUGGGAAACCAGCCUGUGGGCAACCUACCUGUGGGCAACCGACCUGCUGGAAACCAACCUGCGGACAAUCAGCCUAGUGGCAACCAACCUGCCCGUAACCAACCUUCGGGCCACCAGCCUGCGGGCAACCAGACUGCAGGCAACCAGACUACGCCCACGGGAAGGUCUGGGAGGGCGGACGAAGUUGGACGUGAGGGCAACGGCGGCGUCAUCGUCAUUGGCGGCGGCGGUACCGGCCAGUUCAAGAAUGCUACCUCUACCGUCAAACAAUCGCCAGUGCCGACUACUGACCGCGGACCGUUGGCCACCCCCAAGCCGGAUGAGCGCCCCCCGCCAGCGGAACCGACCGACUCGUCCCCCUUCGCGUCUCCCGUCGGGAGCGACGCGGAGGCAGUGACGCUGCGACUGCUGUGCUUGGCCUUUGCGGGCCUGGCUGCCGUGGUUAUGGUCGCAUAA